UUCUAUAAACCCAACCAUGGCUGAAGCAUUAAAAACUGUCAUCUCCCAGAGUACAGAGUGUCCAGUGUGUCUUUCUACCUUCACCGAUCCCAAGAUCCUGUCUUGUUCUCACACUUUCUGCAAGACUUGCCUGGACAACCUCUUAGAGUGUCACGGUAACUGCCAGAUCCGAUGCCCUGUCUGCAGAGCUGUGACCCAGGUCCCAAACCAAGAUGUCGGCAAACUACAGGUAAAUCUUGCUUUGAAGAGUCUGAUAGAGGAUAUGGAGGGCCAUCCUCAGAUGUGCACAAAUUGUAAAUCAAAUGACAAAUCCCAUGCUGCUGUCUACUGCCAAGACUGUGGCAACUAUCUCUGCACCUCUUGUCUUAAUACGCACUCUCAAUGGAAGAGCUUUAUCGAUCAUGAAGUCAUUGCCAUGAGUGAGAUCUCAUCAGGGAAGGUUUCAGUCCGUAAAUACCGGAAAUGCAGGAAACAUCCAAAAGAAGACGAGGGUUGCUUCUGUUCCAGCUGCAGGAGAUUCACAUGCUUCAGGUGUGUUGUUAUGGAACAUACGGGGGAAGGACACAAGGUCAUCGAGGGAACAGCUUACGAGGACAAACACACGAAGGGUAUGGAAGAACUUAAAUCAAAGGUGGACAAGAAACAAUCAUGCUUUCAGAAGUACAUUGAUUUUAUAGAUGAACAGACUAAAAGUGUUGACAGUGCCAAGAAACAGUGUACAAGUGACAUCAAUCAAGCAUAUGAUGAUGCAGUCCGGCAGUUGACAGUAAAGAGGGAAAGUCUAGUAAGAGAAGUCAAGGAAACGACCGAAGGAGUAAAGAAAGAACUGGAAAGUAUGAAGACCACGGCCCAGAAGCACAUCAAUCGGUUGGCGACCAUGGCUGAAAUGGUAACUAACAAAAUAAAGAUUCCAUUAGAUAUGGAUACUUUGGCUGCACACGACACUCUGUGUGAAGAGUUACGAGAGGUCAUUGAUCAAAAGGAUCCUGACUACGAGCAGCCGAAGAAAUCGGGCAUAAAGGGGAAAAGUGUCAGGUUCAAGAGAAAUGUUGGAGUGGAUGAGCUAGGCCUUGGAAAGAUUGUGAAUGUGGUUGAAAGAAACGUCGCCUUACCCACUAAUAAAACAUUUAAUGAAAAGGACGUUUCUUUGCCUACUUAUAACAUUGAUAAUGUAAAGAAGGUUGCUUUGCCAGCUCAAGAUAUCAUGAAUGCCAUGGUUAGUACACCAGACGGUAGGAUGGCAGUAGGAUGUUAUAGAGGUGGCAUGAAAAUCUUCUCCACUGAUGGUCAGCUUCAGCAGACAGUUCUGAAGGAUGUUAAAAUAUCGGGGGUAGGGUUUCUUUCUGAUGGUCGAUGUGUUGUGAUUGAUACUUCAAACAACAUUACACUGUACACACCAGAGUACACACAAUUGAAUGUAAUGUUUAAGACUCUAAGUCGAGAUGAAGGUGGGAAUUCUGAUCUCACUGUUGAUGCUGAUGAUCUGAUCUAUGUGAGCUACUGGAAAGCCAAGAAGAUCCAGGUAUUUUCAACAGCAGGUGGGCAAGCAGUCAGGGAGAUACCAUGCAACGGGUAUGUACCAUAUCAAAUCACUAGUUACCAUGGUUCUCUGAUCAUUUCAUCAUUGGGUGCUAUCAGAUUGAUAGACAAACAGGGUGCUGUACAACAUGAAUUAAAGAAACCGGGUAGUCUCCUUUACGCUGCUGUAUCUCAAUGGAAUACAAUCCUGAUAGCCAAGGUGAAGCAUGAUGAAGGUUUGGUGAGCAUUGACGAGUAUACAAAUGAACUAAGACACAUUCGAAACCUUGUUAAUGAUUACAAGAUUGAGAAGUGAUGGAUAGAUUGGUAUUACCUCCAGCAGUACCGAUCAGGAGAGAUCGCUUUCUGCACUUCGGAUAGACUCUAUAUAUUCCGCUGAAAAUAAUUGAUGACAUGAUAUCAUAAUUAUUAUCGCAGAAGAUGGGGGGGGGGUGAUACCCACCGAGUUGCCAUUUUCUGCUAAAGUAAGCUGCUAUAAUGUUGAAAUACAUAAAACAAUUGUUGGAUCAUUUCUUUCUCGUUUCUCACCCAUAAAAACAACAUUUCGCUGCUUACAUCUUUUUUAUUUCCAGCUUUGCAUUUAUCAAGCAUCAUCUUAAUCAUGUUUAUCCUCUGUGUGGGGAAAUUCUAGUACUUGCAUAUCAGACAAAUUGUUAUUAAAUAUUUUAUGACAAACCAUAUGAUUCUCUAUUCAUAUUCAUGACCGUAUAUAAUAUUUGACUAAUAAUGCCAACAAGGGUGGUGAGAUCA